UCUGAACAUCUCGCACCUCCCCACUUUCCCGAUUUCAAUUCCCAGCAAUCUCUAGCCCUAAUUCUUAUCGUAAUGGCGACAGAAGCCUUGCCUACUGCAGCGGAGAAGCCGGUAACCAAUUCUGCACCGGCGAAUACCGCCGGUGAUAAACCGAAGAAGACCAAGGCGAAGAAGACUAGCAAGCUACAGGCCCGUUCCACCCAUCCGACCUAUCUUGAGAUGAUCGGAGAAGCAAUUACUUCGCUCAAAGAGAGAACGGGAUCGAGCCAGUAUGCCAUUGCCAAAUUCAUCGAAGUCAAGCACAAAGCUCAUCUGCCAUCAAACUUCAGUAAGGUACUCCUCGUCCAGCUCCGGAAAUUCGCAGCUAGUGGAAAGCUUGUAAAGGUAAAGAACUCGUAUAAGCUUCCGGCAACAACUAAGAAGCCUGCUGUUACUGCUCCAACCAAGGUGAAGAAGGUAGCCUCGGCAAAGCCGAAGCCAAAGGCUCGUGUGGCUACUAAACCUAAGGUAAAGGCAGCGGUGAAGCCAAAGCCUAAGAAAAAGGUCACGGUGACAGCGAAGCCCAAAGCAGCAGUGAAGGUAUCGAAGCCUAAACCUAAGACUGUGGCAGCGAAGACCAAUAGGCGUCCCGCUAAGGUGGCGAAGACCUCGGCUAAGGAUGCUCCGGGCAAGAAGGUAGCUGUGGCAAAAAAGACUGUGGCUGCACCAAAAAAGGUGGCGACUGCGGCCAAAACCACGAAGAGGGCAAGCAGUGGGAAGUCUGCAAAUAAGGUUCCGGCAAAGAAGAUUUCAAAUAGAAAGGCAAAGUAGGGUGUAGAAUUUAGUUAUGCUCUUGUUUUUUGUUCAGCUUCUUAUGGAAGGGCAGUUUCUGUAAAUUUAAUAUAUUUUCGGUGCUAUGUAGACAUUUCAUAUAUGAAUAUAAUGGGUUUUCUUCUGUCAUU